CUUUAAAGUUCCAGGAAGUGAAACACUGCACCACAGGUUGACAAUAUAUACAUCUGUUGAGCAGGACCCUUCUUCUCACACAGCACUGGGUGGUUGUUCGUUGAAUACAAUCCAGCAGAAAAGUUUCAUACAGGAUGUCGGACACAGCAGACGCCUUCACAUCCAAACAGACACCUCCUGGUUGUGAUGUCUCCUCACCACCUCCACCAUAUACCUACCAAGAACAGCAGCCUCCAGCUUAUUCUGCAGCCUCGGCCACCUACAGUCAACCCAAAAUUGACACCCCCUGCAGCUAUCAGCCCUCAGCUGGAUACGAGUCUUUCCGCGACAUAAACCCUGAAGCUGCAUCCGACACGACUCCACUUAUAUCCUCAUCUUCUUUCGAUGACAAGACAGUGAGGAGAGGGUUCAUAAGGAAGGUGUUCAGCAUCCUGAUUCUGCAGCUGCUCUUCACCUUCAGUGUGGUUUGUGUGUUCACCUUCUCCAGCGUGGUCAAAAAGGCAGUUCAGGAAAACCUGUGGGCUUAUCUCAGCUCCUUCAUCGUCUUCAUCGUGGUCACCAUCAUCCUCAGCUUCUGCAAGUCCUUCAGCCGCCGUCACCCCUGGAACAUCAUGGCCCUGGUUGUCGUCACCCUGAGCUUGUCGUACAUGGUGGGAACCGUCGCCUCAUUUCACAACACCACCGCUGUGGUCAUCACUAUGGGAGUGACGCUGGCCAUUUCUUUUGCAAUCAUCGCCUUCUCUGCACAGACUCGUUAUGAUUUCACUAUUUGUUACGGUGUUCUGUUGAUUAUGGUCGUGGAUGUCAUCAUGUUUGGUGUUUUCUGCACCUUCUAUUACUCGUACAUCGCCGAAGUUGCCUAUGGAUGUCUGGGAGCUCUGCUCUAUUCACUGUUCCUGAUGAUCGACUGUCAGCUAAUGAUGGGGAUGAUGAGUUACCGUCUGAAUCCAGAAGAAUACAUCAAUGCCGCUCUCACAAUCUACCUCGACAUCAUGCUCAUCUUCCUUUACCUCCUGGGAAGGAGGUGAAAUUGUACAAACAACACAUGUAAACACAAACAAACACUCCGAA